UCCACCUAGCGCGAGCAGAGAAGAGCUCCUGCAGGUGAAAACAUGAAUCUGUGAGCGCCAUCGGCGUGAGCAAGCAACUGGAUUACCACAAAACUUUAUUUCUGAGAACUGUUAUGAAACGCGAAAAACGCACAGGCUGUAUUGUGAUGCGCGUGAGUGAGCGCUUUCUGCCGAAACUUCGCCGUUGCCGGACGCCAGUGAACUUCAAAGGAUCUUCCAAGCCACCCUUCUCUUCUAGGGAAUCAAUAAAGCAGGAAAACUAAGUGCAGAAGAACUUUCUACGGCGAAGCGUCAAAAUAAGCUCGCGUUGAAGAUGAACAUCAGCAGCGAGCUGAACAGACCCGAGGGCAACGUGGACUUAGAGGCGCCCGAAAAAACCUUAUUCGGCAUCGGCACCGACAACUUCGUCACGCUUCUCAUCUUCGGACUCAUUUUCACGCUAGGCGUCCUGGGAAACUCUCUGGUCAUCACUGUUCUGGCUCAACGCAAACCUGGACAGCAACGAAGCACCACCAACAUCUUCAUCCUCAACCUCAGCGUGGCGGAUCUGUCAUAUCUGCUCUUCUGCAUCCCUUUUCAGUCCACGGUUUACAUGCUGCCCACAUGGAUCCUGGGCGCCUUCAUCUGCAAGUUCAUCCACUACUUUUUCACCGUGUCCAUGUUGGUGAGCAUCUUCACCUUAUCGGCCAUGUCGGUGGACAGGUACAUCGCCAUAGUUCACUGCAGAAAGUCCUCCUCCAUUCGAGUCGCGAGGCACGCAUUGAUCGGGGUGCUGGUCAUAUGGGUGCUCUCUUUCGCCAUGGCCACUCCGGUCGCCUACUACCAGGGCAUCGUGGAAAGUGAAGACAACAGCACGUUUUGCUGGGAAGUGUGGCCAGACAACAGCAAGAGGAAAAUCUACGUGGUGUGCACUUUUAUCUUCGGAUACGUGCUGCCGCUGAUUCUGAUAUCUUUCUGUUACGCCAAGGUCCUGAAUCAUUUGCACAAAAAGUUAAGAAAUGUCUCCAAGAAGUCUGAGGCAUCAAAAAAGAAGACUGCUCAGACAGUCCUGGUGGUCGUGGUGGUCUUCUGCCUGUCCUGGCUGCCUCAUCACGUGGUGCACCUGUGGGUCGAGUUUGGCUCUUUCCCCCUGAACCAGGCGUCCUUCGUGCUCCGCGUUGCUGCUCAUUGCCUGGCCUACAGCAACUCGUCUGUUAAUCCCGUUAUCUACGCGUUCCUCUCAGAGAACUUCAGGCAGGCGUAUAAGCAGGUGUUCCGCUGUCAGGUGGCUUCUGAGUGCCCUACAAAUGAGGCCAGAGAGAUGAAGAGCAAGACAGAAGCAGCACCGUCCACCAACUGCACCACUGUGUAGUUCCUGCAGCUGUUGUGUUCGUCAUGAUUUACCGUGUCUUUUAAACGCUCGCAAACGAGCCAAGGUUGAGUGUUUAAGCCUUGGAGAAGACAAGAAGCUAGUUUAGGCAUUGAUUUAAAAAUUUUAACACGGUUAAAUAUUUCAACUGGUUACAUGCUUGGAUGGCUGCCUUUUGACAUGUUAAAAAAAAGCAUUUGCUGUGUAUUUCCUUGGAACGCGAUCGAGACCUUGCUGUGAAGCCGUAGUGAUGCAUGGCCUGUAAAUAUGUGCAAUCAAAAAAAAAAAAAAAAAAAAGAGAGAGAGAGAGAGAGAUGGUAAGAGGUAAAGAUGGGAUACGUCUUUUUUCCUUCAGGGACACUGAUUUCAAUAUAAUCGCUGUUAUCUUGAGUCAUACUAAGAUUUCAGAGUCCAAAUGAUUAAAUGUUCUUGCAUUAUGACAAAUUAUUUUCAUAUAUACGACCCAUGUUAACAAUGUGGCUUAUUAUGUAACAUCAUCAUAAAAUGUAAUCAUCUUUCAAAGUAUGCAAAUGCUUGUAUAAUAUUAUAUCUAUUUCCA